AUGAGUGACCUUGAAAAUAGUCCUCGUCCUUAUAAUAAGGACGAUGAUCUCUCUUCUGCUGAAAUAAACAGAACAUCAACUGGCCGUUCUCUUAAUGAACCCCGAAGAAUCACAUCUGCUAUUGACUAUGCUUAUGAAGACCCUGAACUUGCAGAAGCAAUCUCCCGAAUUCAAAGUCGUCCAGACCCAAAACAUAUGGAAGUCAAUGACGCUGACGAAUGGAAAUACCUGAUAGACUCAGAAACUGGCUACCGUCUAGUUGAAUGGCUCGACUGUGACCCAGAAAACCCCAUGAAUUGGUCUAACGGCCGUAAAUGGUUCCUCACAAUUGCCCUAGGUAUCGUCUGCUUCACCGUCGCUUUUGCCUCCGGUGUCAUUACCGGUGAUAUGGUGGGUCCCGAAAAACGUUUCAACGUCUCCCAAGAAGUCGUUAUCCUUACAGUCACCCUUUUCGUCGUCGGAUUUGGUAUCGGUCCACUUGUUUUUGCUCCCUUCUCUGAAGAAUGGGGUAGACAAGUCAUUUACAAUUCAACCCUUCUUAUUGCUGUCAUUUUUAUCAUCCCUGGUGCCGUGGCUCAAAAUAUUGGUACCCUUCUUGUCAGUCGUUUAAUUUCAGGUAUCGCCUUUUCUGCUCCAAUGACUCUUAUCGGCGGCUCAUUAUCUGAUAUCUGGAAAACUGAAGAACGUGGUGUCGCAAUGGCUGUCUUUUCUGCUGCACCCUUCUUGGGUCCCGUCAUGGGCCCCCUCAUUGGUGGUUACAUUGGCGACCAUGCUGGCUGGCGCUGGAUUUAUUGGGUUAUGCUCAUCUACUCUGGUGUCAUUUACGUUUUGGCUGUCCUUCUUGUUCCGGAAACUCACCACGUUACUCUUUUACGCCGUCGUGCAAAGAAGCUCAUUAAGCUUACUGGCGAUACAAAGUACAAGACCAAGUAUGACUUGGCUCCUGUUAAACUUACUUCAAUGAUGAAGGUGGCUCUCUUUAGACCUUUCCAACUUUUCGUCGAACUCAUUGUCUUUUUGAUUUCAGUCUACAUGUCGGUCAUUUACGCUCUUCUUUACAUGUUCUUCUUUGCCUACCCAGUCGUCUUUAUGGAAGGAAAAGGUUGGAGUGCAGGAAAAACCGGCCUCACUUUUAUUCCAAUUGCUGUGGGUGUCAUUCUUUCCUCAGUCCUUGCACCUUGGAUUAAUAAAGAUUAUAACCGCCGUGCAAAGGCCUACACUGAUCGUGGUGAAAUUCCUCCAGCUGAACUCCGUCUUUACCCCAUGAUGGUUGGAUGCUGGUUUGUCCCCGUUGGUCUCUUUAUUUUUGCCUGGACUUCCUACCCAAGACUUAGUUGGGUUGGUCCCACUCUUGCUGGUUUCCCCUGCGGGUUUGGCUUUUUACUUCUUUACAAUGCUGCAAACAACUAUCUUGUUGACUCGUACCAGCAUUACGCCGCUUCAGCUUUGGCUGCAAAGACUUGUGCCCGUUCAUUGGCUGGUGCUGGUGUCGUCCUAUUCACUGUUCAACUCAUGCACAUGAGUUACCAGUGGGGUGUUUCUAUUAUGGCAUUUAUCUCACUUGGAUGUUGCGCCAUUCCAUAUCUUUUCUUCUUUUAUGGUGCACGCAUCAGAGCCAAAAGUAAGUACGCUUAUAAUGGCUACUAA